AUCAGUCUUGAUCAGUCUUGACGUAUUUCGACUUUCGACGCGUGUUCACCGUGCGUGCGUGCGUGCUUGCCUGUACAUACGUACACGCGUGGACAAUGACAGUCCGUUCGUUUCGGGAACGUCGAGAGCGCGCGUGAGUGCCCGAGAGGAAGGCUCGUCUCAGCUCAUCUGUUCUGAUCUGUCCGUCCGUCCGAACAUAUGAUCGUAACGUAACCCCGCCGAGAGCGCGUGUCGUGAACCGUGAACGUCGUCGGUUUCCGGGAUUUCCGGGAAGCGUGAUCGUUCGCCUUCCGUACCCCGUGUCCCCGUCGCGGCCGACCAGGCCGACCUUAGUCCACGAUCCGAUUGCGCCGAUCGCGCGUGCGACUCGCGGAAAUGACAAAGCGCGCCCCGCUCGCGCGUCAGCAGUAAAGAAGAGACUUCUUUCGUUCGCGGACGAAUAAAUCCCGGUUGUCCCGAGCGAAGAGAAGCGGAGCGAGGCUGCAGACAUGAGUUCCGUCUGGAAACGCUUGCAACGGGUGAACAAGAGAGCGGCCAAGUUUCAAUUCACCGUUUCUUACCACGAGGUCACAUUAGAGACGACGACAAAGUGGAGGCCAAAUAAACUGAGCGUUGUUUGGACAAGACGUAGUAGAAGAGUCAGUUCAGAACCCUUAGAAUGGGAACCAUGUUUGAGUGAUCCUUUGAAAGGUAUUAUUAGCUGGGCAGUCCCUGACAAUCACACGGUUUCUGUGACACUGUUUAAAGAUCCGCGAACACAUGAGUUGGAAGAUAAAGAUUGGACAUUUGUUAUCGAAGAUGUGUCGUUGACGGGAAAAAGACGUCAUGUGGCUGCCACUAAUAUAAAUAUGAAAAAAUAUGCAACUUUAGAAUCUAGUCAGCAACAACUCAAAUUAGACUUGAAGCCAACUUCUAAAAAAAUUGUUAGCGCUACGCUAGAAUGUACUUUGUCAUGUGUAUUUCUACGAGAGGGCAAGGCAACGGAUGAAGAUAUGCAAAGUAUGGCUAGUUUAAUGUCGGUUAAUAAUAACAGCGACAUUGCGCCAUUAGAUGAUUUUGAUAACGAAGAUAUACCUGAAGAUGUUGAGGAAGUAUCGGUAAAAAAUUUGGACGAAUUUUUAGAUAUCUCUGCUCAACUUGAUCUAAUGACGAGCAGUCUCACUGAAAGUGAAUUACCCAGUACUCCUAUAAGUGUGGCAAGUUUAUCAAAGGAUGAUACAACUCCUGUAAAUGAUGGCGAGCAUUUUAUACGCGACAUUAGUCUAACAGGAAUUGGGGACUCUUUAAAGGAAAAAUCACCUGUAAAAGACAAUGUUGCCGUUGAAAAUGACAAAAACAUUGAACACAGUACAUUGAGAUUGCCGCUGCAGCCAUUGGAUCUUAAAAAGAAUGACGCAAAUGUUCCAAGACUGAAAGAGAUUACUCCCGGCCAAGAUUUAUUGGAAUGGUGCAAAGAAGUUACAAAGGAUUAUUCCGGUGUCAAAGUCACCAAUCUGACGACAUCUUGGAGAAACGGAAUGGCGUUUUGUGCGAUUAUUCAUCAUUUCAGACCUGAUUUGAUAGACAUCGAUUCCCUAUUGCCACACGAUGUAAAAGGCAACUGUAAGAAAGCGUUCGACGCGGGCGAAACUCUGGGCAUACCCAGAGUUAUUGAACCGGCUGACAUGGAUAUAUUAACGGUACCUGAUAAAUUAGCUGUGAUGACUUAUUUAUAUCAAUUGAGAGCGCAUUUUACCGGCCACGAACUAGAGGUACAUCAAAUAGGUAAAACAACAGAUGAGUCCUCUUACAUGAUCGGCAGAUUUAAUACAGACAACAACACUGACGUGAGUGUUCAACUGUUUGGUCAAGAGAUUAUUAAUUUACGAAAGAAGGAACAGAUCGAACAAAAAAACAAUAAAGCGGAGAAUAACAGACGGUCGAAUCCAUUCGAUAACAAGAAGGAUGACAUAUGCAUCGAUUCGUUAAAAAACAAGCUGCAUUUGAGCCUGAACACGGACAAUCAGGAUCACGAUCAAUGUAAUAAAGACAAAUCGCCAUCCAGCGUGAAGGAGGUCAAGGACAUCAUAUUAGCUAGCUCAAAAAGCAUUCUGGGGAAGGUGUUAUCGCCGACCAAAGAAAAAUACUCGUCGAGAGAGAAGAGCAAAUCUCCGCCGAGAGUGCAACAAGCGCAGCAACGUCCGAUACUUAUGACACGCCGACAAUUAACCGAUCCGUUCGGCUCCGAUGACGAAGAGGAGAACAUACAGAUAAUCGACGACAAAUGGUCGCAAUCGAUCUCACUUACCAAAUCGCAAAGUCCGUCGUUAGUUAGUCGGCACGAUGAAUUGCGAGAGCGAGCGAGGCAACUCUUAGAACAAGCCAGGAAUCAAACGAAGCCAUCCGGAUUUGUUUCUGCUGCGAUCAGUCCCGUUGAGACACAGAAUGAUGACGAGAGACAACAGAACUUGCGAGAAAGGGCGAGACGCUUGAUUGCGGAAGUUAAAAUGGGCGUCGCUGUGACUCCAAGUCAGUUGAAUGAUGAUAACAAUAGUGACAGACGAUCGAUAGACGAUCAAAACAAUAGUCCUAGACGCAGCAUUACGCCAUCGACACCUAGUGAUCGGAUCAGUAUAAAGUCUGAAUACAAUGGAAAUAUACUGGGAAAUUCAAGUGUGAUAGAUGGAGAAAAGAAAACUGGCUCUCCUUUGUAUUCCUUCUCGAAAAUUAUUGAAAGAAUCUCGCCCGAUAAAGGAAGUCCCGAUAGAACUUCGUAUACACUUCGCGGGUUGGGUAAAGACAUGACAUCAUAUAUUCAAAACGAGCUUGAAGCACUUGAAAGAGAGCAAAAUCAGAUUGACAUACAAGCUGGCAAGCUUGAAAAGCAAUUGAGAGCAGCCAUGGAAAGCGAUAACGAAGACGAAACGGAAAGACUGAUGUCUCUGUGGUUCACUCUUGUUAACAAAAAAAAUGCUCUCUUAAGAAGACAAAUGCAACUAAACAUACUGGAGAAAGAAGACGAUUUAGAGCGAAGAUUUGAGCUCUUGAAUCACGAAUUAAGAAGCAUCCUUGCAGUGGAAGAUUGGCAAAAAACACCAGAGCAAAAAAUGCGUGAAAAUUUAUUGUUGGAGGAAUUAGUAUCUAUUGUAAACAAAAGGGAUGAAUUGGUGCAUCAUCUUGAUACACAAGAGAGAGCCAUUGAAGAUGAUGACGAAAUAGAGCGUGAUUUAUCUCGCGCUGGACUAGCUCAACGAAAUAAAAAUUGUGUUGUGCAAUGAGGAGUUAAUUAUUUAUCGUGUUUUUUCCAGAAUUAUUGUGAAGGCAUGACCCAUGUUGCUGUGGAGUUGCCAAAAAGUCGACAAAAUUAGAUGUUGAAGAGUCAAGUGUGACCUUUCAUGGUUUACAAACAGGUUAUUUUUAGAGACUCAUUUUUU